AUGACUCUUCUUUACACAAACUGUCCAGACUUGGAGCUCGUUACGCGCGGUAAAGUUCGAGAUAUUUAUCGCGUUGACGAGUCUUCACUUUUGCUAGUUACUACUGACAGGCUUAGUGCUUUUGAUGUCAUAAUGAAAAAUGGUGUCCCUGGAAAGGGCAAGAUUUUGACGCAAAUCAGUAAAUUCUGGUUUGAUUAUUUGGGAGACGUCAUCCCGAACCACCUUAUUUGUUCUGAAUUCUCACAAAUGCCUGAGAAAGUACAGAAAUACAAAGAUCAACUAGAGCACAGAUCUUUACUCGUUCGCAGCUUGCAAGUAUUUCCGAUUGAAGCUAUCGUACGUGGAUACAUCACUGGAUCGGCAUGGGCAGAAUAUAAGAAGACAAAGACAGUCUGUGGCAUACAGCUUCCCGAUGGACUUCAGGAGAGCCAGAAGUUUGACGCGCCACUGUACACCCCGAGCACCAAAGCAGAAAUUGGACAACAUGACGAAAAUAUCCAUCCAGACAAAGCCAAGGAGAUCGUUGGUGAUAAUUACGCGGAAAUAAUAUCAAAAACAGCAGUUGAGUUAUAUAGUAAGGCAUCGGAUUACGCAUUGAAGAAAGGUAUAAUUAUCGCAGAUACGAAAUUUGAGUUUGGAAAGGACAAAGAAGGCAAUGUCAUUCUCGUUGAUGAAGUUUUGACACCAGAUUCCUCCCGAUUUUGGUCUUCUGCAAAUUAUCGAGUCGGUAUUGCUCAGGAGAGCAUUGAUAAACAGUUUGUUCGCAAUUACCUGUUGAGCAUAAAUUACGACAAGAAGACUAGCAUUGAGUUGCCCGAAGAUAUAGUACAAAAAACUGCGGAGAAAUACGUAGAGGCUUAUAGAUUGCUUACCGGAUCUGAACCGACAUUUCUAUGA